GCGCUGCGUCGUUGCUGUUUGCUGGGUUGACUCGCUUGACAACAGAAACAUGGCUGCCCCUGCUGCAGGCGGAGGAGUUUCACUCUGCCGCAGUGACACCAGCCAUGUAAGCUCACUUGGCGUUGUUAGCCAAGGGAGAGAGGUUAUCAAGCCUUCAAUUACGGAACUGACCAAAGAGGUCCGGACAAAUAUUCUGUGUACUGUGGAGGGAUGUGGCAAGAUCCUCCCGAACACCCCAGCCCUCAGUAUGCACCUCCUGAAGUCACACCGGAUUCAGGAUGGAGUAAUUAAUCCCACGGUGCGGAAGGAUAUGAAGACAUCACAAAAGCUUUACUGCUGCCCAAUUGAGGGUUGCCCUAGAGGACCAAAUAGACCAUUCUCUCAGUUUUCUCUGGUUAAACAACAUUUUAUGAAGAUGCAUGCUGAAAAGAAGCACAAAUGUCCAAAAUGCCCAAACUCCUAUAGCACAGAAUGGGAUUUAAAACGUCAUUCAGAGGACUGUGGAAAGAUAUACAGGUGCACGUGUGGAUGUCCUUAUGCUAGCCGGGCAGCCCUGUUAUCUCAUAUCUACAGGACAGGACACGAAAUACCACCAGAACACAGAUAUCCUCCUGUUAAAAAGAGAAAGAUGGAAGGGACAUUUUCUGAAACUAAACACCCAGGAUUUGGUGAACACAUGUUUCAGCUUGUUAAUUUGGAGCAAGAAUUAACUGAAGUUGGCGUUUCUUCAGAAGUUACCAGUCUACCUAGUGCUGACAGCCAGAAAUCCACAGCUAAAAAGUUUCUUUUGCCAAAGCCUAAAGUUGCCUUGGUUAAGGUUCCUGUUAUGCAGUUUGCCCACCUGCCAAUAAUUGUUUCUUCAGCUGAUUGUUCCGUAAAGCCUGUUGUAUUGGCUAUGGACAACCGUGGAUCUUUUGUAAGCACUGUGCACUACCUUUCUCAGCCUGUUGGAACUGUGAUACCAACAUUGGAUUCAAAAGCUGUGACACUUAGAGAUGCAACGCCUUUGACCAGAUUUCCCUUGGAACCUGUGAAUACCGGAAUUCAGGUUAAUCUGGAACCUGUGUCUUCUAAUCGCACCAUUUUAGAGGAUAUCGGACAAAGAUCUAAGUGUAUUUCUACUAAUAUUCAGACUGAAAUAUCCUAUUUUUUAAAGGGCUCUCUCCCAGACACUGCAUGCAUUUCCAAUGAGAAUUCUGUGUCAUCAUUUUCCCAAACAGACUUAAGUUUUAGUUCCCAAGUGCUGCUGCCUGUUAGUGUUGAGACACAAACUUUUCCUUCUUCAAACAAGGUAACAUCAUCUAUAGGUGCCCAGACUGAUAUAUUAAGACAGACCUUUUCCCCAUUCUAUGGAGUUUCCAGAGAAACCCAAACUAGCACCAAUCAACUCUCCUCUGAAGACCGAGUACAGAUUGACCAAGAUAUUAUAUGCACAGAUCUUUUUGGCAAUGGAUCAAUGCCAUCAUACAGUGUGUCAACGCAAACUAGCUUUAAAGGAAACACUUUACCAGCUGAAAGAAGUGACCAACAUCUUGUAUCAAGAGUUAAUCAUGAUCUUUUCAAUGAAAAGGCUAAUAAUGAUAUUUGUUUUGGUACACAGAGUGAUCUCCUUCCACAGCAUCAUGCAGCAGACAAUCAAACCCAAACAAUAAAUUUGUUCAGUGAUUUAGAGAAUAUUUUGUCAGAUAGUAUAAGUGGGCAUUCAUUGGAUAGUCGUGGAACUUUGACAGAUACUAGUGCAGACUGCGAAGGAGUAAUCACAUCUGUGCAAGAGCAGAAUACAGGAAUUGACUUUGACUUUGAGGAAUUUUUGAAUGCAACUCAUAUACAGACUCAGACUGAUGAAAGUGAUUUAGGAACUUUGAACUCUGAACCAGUUUUAGAGUCUCUCGAUAUUGAGACUCAGACAGACUUUCUUUUCUUUGGUAACCCUGCACCAAAUUAUUCUAGUGGUAAGGCCCAGUCAAGCUACUUGGGUCUUGAAAUGUUCGACACCCAAACACAGACAGACCUUGAUUUUUUGUUGGACACAAGCAGUCAUAUACCAUUAGAUAGUUUUCUGAAGCAAGCCAGUCUUUCCAUGACUGGUGAAUCUUCAAAUACCGAGACACAGACUGAAGUUCCAUCCAUUCUCAGGUGCAAUUCCCAUCAUGAAAAUCAAGUGAAGCUAAGCAGCACAGAGACACAGACAACUACCAGCUCCUUUGAAGGUAUUGGUCAUUUAUUCUUAACCAGCAAUGAGACUCAGACUGUAAUGGAUGACUUUCUUAUGGCAGACAUUGCAUGGAACACGAUGGAAUCUCAUUUCAGCUCAGUAGAAACUCAGACCUGUGAAGAGCUGUCUUCUUUCUUCCAGGAUGCUGACAAAAUCCAUGUUUGAGAUUGUGGUCAAGUCUUACUGCAUAAGUACAUAAGGGUGAACGGCUAUUGGUUUUAUAUAAAGGUAAACUGGCACAUAGCUUUGUUCGAGUCAUUUCUUCACACAUGACAGACAAUGUCCUUUUGGUACACAAAAUAGUUAUUGCCACUUUAGAUUCCAAAGUUUACAGGUGCUAAAUCUUUCAGUUUAUUGACUUGAACAAAAUCUUAAUCAAACUGCAGUUCAUAAUUAUUUCUGGCUUGUCCUUAGUUUCCUAGUGGUAAUGAAAUACAUUUUAUUCGUUUAGUUUGUUGCUUACAAAACCGAGCACUUGACAGCUGCUAAUUGGUAUGUUACUGUGCUAGAAUCAUAGGGUCCAUGCGUACUGGAUGCCAAUAUUUUCCUUUCAGUGACUUGUUACUACCACUGUGAAAAAAUUCUGCUUAUCUAUUUGUGUAUGUUGCACAUUUGGAAUUCAAAGAACACUGCUAAGUAAGAUGUUAUACAUGGUCUACAUUGUUAUUCUACUUGUAUAGUCUUCAUUUUUAUUAUUAUUGUAGUAUUAAUCCUGGCAUUACUAGAAGAGGUUAGGUAUUAGUAAAGCUAAGUUAAUUGCAAUUAAAAUAUUUCACAGCCAGGUCUUUGUAUCUUGUCUUUCACGACAGUAUAGACUAUGCUGGGGCUUUUGACAUCUUCUUUUAAAUGAAGUUGAAAAAUUUAACAUUUGUAUAUAGUAGUAUUCUUAUACCAAUUCCAAGGAAGUCACAACUACAAAAAAAAAAGGGUUUAUUUUGAGUAAUGAGUAAAACAGUUUUAAGUUUUGUCGAUUUAAAAAAUAUUCUGAGAAACAAAACAUGUACUGAAGAGAAGCUUUAUUUUUUUAUUGUUUUAAAAGUAUUUGAAGAUUAAUAUAUUAUUUGAUGUUAUUUAUAUUGUAUGGCAUAUUGCUUUGCAUUAAGUUUUGAAUUUUUGAAAAAUAAGACUAACAAAUUACCAAAAAUAUUUGCUCUCAUUAACAAAAAAAAAAAAAAAAGUUCCAACUCUGCAGGAAAAUUUAGCAAGUAAUCUGUUGCCCUGGUGUGUGUGUGUGUGUGUUUUGCAUUUGCAAUUGUUUUGUUCUUUUACAUGGUUCAUUUUUAAGUUGAUACAUUUUGUUUAUUUAAUGUUUGUGCCUCUCGAUUUGACAAAAAGGGAAAUAUGACUGUUGGUUUAUAGUUGUAACCUCCAAGAAUUUAGUGCCUGAAGUGCAACAGUAAGCUUUUGAAAUCAUGAUAGUAGGAUAUUGCUUAUUUACCUGUUAAUCUUAAACCAGUUAAUGCACCAGGACUUACCUGUUAAUCACAGUAAGUCAUAAGUAGUAAUACAUAGUGGUUUUAAAGAUUAAUAAGUAAAAUGCAGUAUAUACUGUACAGCAAACAAAUUAGAGAUAAAUUGGACCUUGCUGUAAUUUUUGAAAGCAUUUAACAUUAAUGCAGUGGAAACAAAAUAUAUAAUUGCUUUCUGUGUGUGUGUACAUAUUUACUGUGUAUGUAUGUGCCUUUAUAAAAUGUGUGUGUGUAUAUAAUAUAUAUGUAUGUCUGUAUAGAUGUAUUUGGGGGGGGGGGGGUGUUGAAUCUGUAUUGAUAAAUUGUGUAUAAUAAAUACUCUGUAUGUAUAUAUAUAUAUCUAUAUUUAAACACAAAGACAUUGCAGCUUUUUUAACCUCUGAACUUGGUAUAAAUUAUUCAUUUUUCUUUCUUUUUAACUUCUAAUUUAGUUAAUGACUACUGAUUGCAGGAAGCAUCAUAUCCCUGUCAUGGUUACAGUGGCAUUUGUAAUAUGACUUUCUACUGUUAUAUUGGUGUUAAUGGUUUUGUAGAACUUCUCUGUCGAAGGACUGGUAUUUUUUUUUUUUUCUGCUGCUGCUAUAACAUGAAACUCAUGUUCUCAUUAGCCGGAUGUUUGUGUAUAUAAGUGUGUGUGUGUGUGUGUGUGUGUAUGUGUAUAUAUAUUGCUGUAUAUAGUAUACUAUAAUUUCAGAGGCAUUCAAAAUGUUCAAGUGCUUUUUACUUACAAAGCUGUUUCUAAUAACUAUAUAUA